UUGUGGUAAAAUUGUCGAUAACUUUUCUGUACUAUAAGAAUACAAGAAACUUGCCCGUUCUGAAGAUGAAUUCCAAAAUAAAUCACAUGUGCCUUUUUUCGUGGAUAUCAUCUAUUAUUUUAGGUGCGUAUAGCUGUACCCUUCCAGCGUAUUGGGACGGAGAUUAUCACGACAGUAGUGAUACAACACGAGACAUCACGUUCACACGGUCCAGCAGUAAUGUUGUGGGAUGGGGCCUUAUGGUCUACUCCAGCGCUAUUUCAUCUUGGACUUGUGUAGAUGAAGACACAUCAAAUAACCUUCUUCUUUUCCAGUCAAAUCAAAAAGCAGAUGUAUUUGGGGCGCCGCAUAAUGUAUAUCGUUGCAUUAAAUGGGAAAAAUUGACAGAUUAUUCUUAUUCGUACUUAAUAUACGCAAAUAUUGAAAGCAAUGCGCAGAACAAACGAGUAUUUGUUUUGCCGAAUACUACUGUCGUUGACACUAGUUCAGGCUGCAAUCCAAGCAACGGUUUACCUUUCGCAAUUGAAACCGCUGUGUUAAUCAAGAAAGGAUACAUUGCAAAUGCUACACAGAAUUGCCCGUCGCCUUUCUUGGGGAGUUUCAACUAUUCUUUUAGUGACGGAUCCACUACAUACUGUGAUGGAACAAGUGUUUGGGGUGUAUGUUCCGAUCGAACUCAAAUGGUUGUUAACUAUACCUUGUGUUCAACAACACAAUUUUACUCAAACGGUGGUGUUGCAUACUGCGCCUUUUCGACGUCUGUUGGAAGUAACUACUACGUCACAGUGGUCAAUGCUGACAGUACUGUGGAUUUUGGUGGCACAUUUCGAUUCACUUGCUAUGCUGUGAAGAGUUCCGGUGGACUUGUAUAUGCUAGUGACAAUAAAGGGAUGUGUCUACCAAAUCAGGACCCACAAACCAAAUCGGCAACAGGAACCGGAACAUUGACUUUUUCUGCUUUUAAAACAUGUCCAUUUAUUUUAGAUACUACGACGGAGACCUCCAGUGACAACAUCGGUCUUAUUGCUGGCUCUGUGACGGGGGUAGUUCUCCUAGUAGCUGCAGCAGUAGUGGCUGGAAUUUUGAUACAUAAAAAAUAUCAGCACAAUCAAAUUCAAUCAAACGCAGAGAUUCAUUAACUAGUUUAUGAUAAAUUUUCAUAAAUCGGGACAGAUAAUGUACACAUAUAAUUACAAGUUAUUUUUCGCAUUUCGU